GUUUUGGAAAUGUUUAAAAUAUUUUGCAAACGAGCAUUAGCAGUUUUGUUUAAAUAAACAAUAUUUAACAUUUAAGAAGCAUAGAGUUCCAAACUUGAGCGCUUUAUACUUCACCUGCAUAGAAGGUAAAUAUACUAUUUUCAGUAUUGAAAAUACAAAUUCAUUCCAAUUGACCGACUGAGCUACUGGAGAGGAAGACGCAAACUCUUUGGAUACACGAGUUAAAGCGAGAAGGCAACAGAGAGUGUCAUCGCAAGUGGGCAGUAAAGAGCACCCCGGUUGCAAGAAAUCUUAUGUACUUCCUCUACACUUGCGUUUCAUUUGCAGUUUGUUCUUGAAAUUGCAACAACGUUGGGGCGAGUGAGCUGGAGAAAAAUUUAUGCCGUGAGUUGAGAAAAAAUUAAAAAUUGAUUUGCAGUGAAAAUAUAAAAAACUGAUUAAAGUGGCACGCAUAGAAUUGUCUCAGAGUGUCAAAAACAAAACAAAUGAAGUAAAAUUGUGAUAACUACGAACAAUUCUGGAACGCAAAAGUCUGACUAAUACGAAGGUAAAAAACUUUCCAUUGCGGAAAAGUCGAAUAUCUACGUAGCGAAUUAAACGAUUUGAGAUUAAAAUUGAAUUGACUAUUUAAAAUCAAAUAGUUAACGACAAGCAGUUAGUGUUUUAAAUUGAAAUCAGUCCAAAUUUUAUUGAAAACAAAAUGGAUUUUAAUUUUGCCGAUUUGAAGAAGGAAGCAGCUGCUACUGCAGAGGAUGUGUUCUCUCACACCGCAGAUGCAGCUAAGCAAGCAACAAAUGCAACAUAUGAUUUAUUAAGUGGAGGUGGGGGCCGUGCUUCGACGGGAGCACAAGAUGACAACUCACACACAGAGCAUUACUUCGCCAACGAGCAAAAGGACAUUGAUUUUGAACAUGUUGACCCACAAGCAUUCGUGCAGCGUAUGUCUGCCGGUGCAAAGGAGGCGCAAGAAGAAUUGGACGCCAAGUUCGCACAACGCACAAAUGAUUUCGAUGAUUUUUUGACCAAUGCAUCCAAGGACUUACACUCCUUUGGAUCACAAAUUCAGCAUGAUGCCAAGCAGGGCGUUCAUGAUUUUAUGAACGCUGAACGUGGCAUAUUUAGUGGCGCCGGUGAUAUCAACAAACAAGCCGACGUAUCAGCACCCACAGCUGUGCCGGUUGCACCUAACAAACCUGCUGAACCCGCUGUUAAAGAGGCCGAUUUGCUAAAUUUCAGUGUUGGGGAUGUAGCUGAAAAACAUGCGCCAUUGCAACCAUUCGAAGAAGAUUUUGGCACACACUUUGCACCAACUGCACCUGCAGCUCCGGCAGCUCCGGCAGCUCCUGCAACCACAACAACUACGCUAUAUGAUGAUGACCUUGUGCUUGGCAAAGCUUCAAAUUCUGCAUCAGCCUCCAACAAAAAUUCCGACACUGAUUCUCCAUCUUUGUCAUGUAAUCCAUCGCCGGCAAAGAAGAAUCCAGUAACUGCUGCAUUGAAAGAACAGGAUAAUGACAAAUUUAUAUCGUCUGAAGAUUUGCUUGGCGAUUUCAAAGAUGAGCGCACUUCAACACCUGAUUUCCAAGCUAAACCAGAAGUCACUAAACCGACUGCUGAAGCUAAACCGGCACCGGUAUCAGUGCCCGUCACUGAUUUAGAUGCCGAAGAGGAAGCUUCUUCUCUAUUCUCACAAACGAAACCCUCACAAAUCGAAGAAGUUAAAGAUGCUGAUAACUCUAAUAAGACAACGUCAUCAGUAACUUUGCCGGUAGCCAGUGCUACAGCUGCAGCUGCACCUAAGCCAGCCGCAGUUAGUGAGCCCAUCGCUGCUAAGCCACUCCCACCCACUACAACAAACAACAAAGAUACAACUGAAGUUGUCAAACCUAAAACUGCGCCGCCAGUCCCUCCAAAGGAAAGCAAACCAGCUCACCAACAGUUGGAUCAACCAAAGAUUGUCUCCGUCGAAGAAAUAUUCUACAAAUACGGAUUGGAUGCCUGGUUCAAGCCGGAACGCUUACAUCCACGUGUGGAGUCUCUGAUCUACUGGCGAGAUGUUAAGAAAUCUGGCAUUACCUUCGGUGCUGGUCUUGUCACCCUGCUCGCUAUCUCAUGCUUCUCCGUCAUUAGCGUUUUCGCUUACCUGUCAUUGCUGACAUUAGCUGGCACAGUGGCGUUCAGGAUUUACAAAUCAGUUCUCCAGGCCAUACAGAAGACACCCGAGGGACAUCCCUUCAAAGAAUACCUCGACAUCGAUUUGACUCUGUCGCAAGAGAAGGUCCAAAAUAUUGCCGGCGUUGCUGUUGCACAUGUGAAUGGUUUUGUCGCUGAAUUGCGACGAUUGUUCCUCGUGGAGGAUUUGGUUGACUCAAUUAAAUUCGGUGUUAUUCUGUGGGUUUUGACUUACAUUGGCGGUUGGUUCAACGGCAUGACUCUGGUCAUCUUAGCCUUCGUCUCGCUCUUCACCUUGCCUAAGGUGUACGAAAACAACAAACAAUCAAUUGACACAUACUUGGAUUUGGUACGAAGCAAAUUGACAGAAAUCACAGACAAAAUCAAGGCCGCCAUUCCAAUUGGCAAGAAACCAAUUGCUGCUGAAACAGACAAGGACAAGUAAAGCGCGUAAAUUCGCGUAAUAUUAGCAGCAACAAUUUAAAUAUUGUCAUUGCAAUUACUAAAACUUAAGAGAAAACAACUUAAGAACUUUAAAAUAGAUGGCGCGGCGCACACACACAAUAUAUA